AAACCUGAGAUCUGGGUUGGAACAAGAUCUUCACCUGCGGAAGACGUUCAAAGGGACUUUUCUUUCGUAGUGCAUAAAUUUUAUUUCACUUUCCGGCUGUAAAAAUCGGCGGAAUCCUUCAGUGAGAAAAGAAAAAAAAACAGCAGCAGGAUGUGGGAAUGAGGGAAUGACAAUGGACAUCCAGUCCUGCUGAGUGGUGUUUCUGGAGCUCAGACAGCACAAUGGAGAGGCGGACCGUGGUGGACCCCCUUCCCCCUCAAGCUCCUUUUUAAAGCAUUGUUGCAAGUAACUGAGUGGUCUGGCAAGGUCAAGAGGGAAUGUAUGAAUGAAUCAGAAUGGAAAGAAUGAACGGCCCUGGUCUGCAGCUGCGGCACCUUCUGGUUGCAACAGAGGCUGGACCCCGCCUGGUUCCUGAGGACUCCUUCUCAUAUAAGGAAAACUUGAUUGGUGCAUUGCUAGCUAUUUUUGGCCAUCUCCUCAUCAGCAUUUCACUCAACCUCCAGAAGUAUGGCCAUAUUCGGCUGGCGGGUAGCAAAGACCACCGAGUCUACUUCAAGACCAAGACAUGGUGGUGUGGGCUGUUUCUGCUCUUUCUUGGAGAGCUGGGGGUAUUCUCUGCCUAUGCCUUUGCUCCUCUUUCCCUGAUUGUGCCACUUGGUGCCGUGUCUGUUAUAGCAAGUUCAAUUAUAGGAAUCAUAUUCAUUAAGGAAAAGUGGAAGCUCAAGGAGUUCUUGAGGCGCUAUAUUUUAUCCUUCAUAGGCUGCGGCUUGGCUGUUGUCGGGACGUACCUGCUGAUAACCUUUGGACCUAAUAAUCAUGAGAUCAUGACAGGAGAGAACAUCACAAAGCAUUUAGUCUGCUGGCAGUUUCUCUUGUACAUGGUGGUGGAGAUAAUCCUCUUCUGCCUGCUGCUGUAUUUCUACAAGGAGAGGAAAGCAAACUAUAUAGUUGUGAUUCUUCUGUUGGUAGCGCUGCUAGGGUCUGUGUCAUCCAUUACAGUGAAGGCAGUUGCAGGCAUGAUUGCAGUCUCGAUCCGAGGGAAUCUGCAGUUGGGUUAUCCUAUUUUCUACAUCAUGUUCAUUUGCAUGGUGGCGACAGCCACUUUCCAAGCGACGUUUCUAACCCAAGCUUCACAGCUAUAUGAUGCAUCCCAGGUUGCCAGCAUAGGUUACAUUUUGUCCACCACAAUAGCAAUUACUGCAGGUGCAACCUUUUACUUGGACUUUACUGGAGAGGGUGCCCUACAUAUAUGCAUGUUUGCCUUGGGGUGUCUCAUUGCAUUUGUGGGGGUCUUCUUGAUCACUAGAAACAAGAGGAAAUCUAUCCUUUUUGAACCGUACAUCUCUAUGGAUGCUAUGCCAGGCAUGCAAAACUUGCAUGACAACGGGACAGCAGUUCAACCUGACCUCAAAGCUUCCUUUUCUUAUGGUGCCCUGGAGAACAACGACGCCAUCUCUGAGAUCUAUGCUCCUGCUACAUUACCAAUAGUUCUAGAGCAGCAUGGUUCCAAAGGAGCACCUAUCCCUCCCUACCGGAUCAUGGAGCAUAGUAAAGAAGAGUGAAUGUUGUCAAAAGGACUGGUGUAAAUUUGUGAAGAGUGUGUGUGUGUGUUUUAAUUUAUCUCUCUUUUUUUUGCUGUACCUAAAAAAACAAAAAUCAGCUAAACUGUGGUUUAAACAAGUAUCAGAUGUUUUAUCUUCCAAGAAUUAGUUGCGUUAAUUUAGGUUUCCCUAUUGAGGAAGACUCAAUAUAGCCUCGAGCAUCCCUCUCUAAACUAAACUGUAAUCCUCUGUUUGAGGAUGUGAGCUGCUACAUGGAAUGAAAUGCAAAAGGUAGUAUGGUGACUAUUAUUGAUGGUCAGACAGUGGGCAGAAAUUCUGAGUUUAAGCUGUAUAUUAUCUUGAAUGUACACACACACUGUGUAAACUGUAUUUUGUGUUUGUGUACCCCUCCCCACUUUGCGAGACUUUUUAAUGUAAAGCAGAUCUUUACAGGUGAAUUCUUGAAGAGUAGUCCUGCUCAUGUGAUGCACCAGCUGCUUUGUAGUUCAAGAAGAAAAUUGAUUUCAGCGCUAAUCUAGUUUCCUACCAUCACUGUUGCAGUGAAAGUUAACCAAAUAAUUUGCAUAAUUACUAAAAAUACGCACACUCCAACAUGGACUAGGAGUUCAAUGAGUAGAUCCUACCUGUUAAAGUGAAGGGAAGGACCGUGAUUCUAAAACAGGCUCAUGAAAAGAGGGUUCAGCACUUUUAAUCAUGGCACUUAGUGGGUCAGUUAGUAGAAAAUCUAGAUAUUUAAAAUCCAUAUAGAUUUUAACAAUAUUUGUUAUUAUUUAAUAUUUGCAUCUAAACCAUCCAUGUUGGCUACACUACAGUAUCCCUAAUAUUAGGAUUUUUUCCCAGAGAGAGAGAGAGCGCAUAGGUGAUUUGGAAUCCAUGCUUUUUGGCAAAUUGAUGGAAUUAAAUCCAGGUUUUUUAAAGUUGCAGUUGAUUUCUUGAUUGUGAACAAGGAGCCAAAGAAAAGUUUUUUACGCUUAUAUCUUAUUGAAAUCAGUGGCUGAAGUAAAUUGCAACCUUCAUCAGAUGUAAAAUCAGGGGAGUGUACAUGUAUAUAUGGAUGUCUUCUAAUGAAUUUGCAAUAAGUCUUGGAAGGUUCACUCACCUAGAAGUAUGUUGCUGUUGAACAGGUAUGCCCUGCAGAGAUGCUCAGGUGUUAUUUUACCUGCCUUCUCCUUUAGGCAGGUCAUUUCCUCCAUUCACCACACAAGAGAGGAUAUAGAAUCCCAAAUGCCUUCCCCCAUCCCAGCUAUACAAGUACAGGUUUCUGCUAUGAAUAGGUAUCGCUAACUCCAAUUUGGUUGGUUCCUAAUGCCUGAGAUUUGGUCUGCUGAAGUCAUAUUCUCGGAGUGGAAAUUCAUCCAGGGAAUAAACAAAAGCUGCUUCUGAGUAUACAUAUUUAGGAUUGCCCUAAAUAACUUGGGCAUGGGCAUUGAACAGUUAAUUUUACAUUCCCACAACUUCAGUAAUGCUAAUUGUUUUUACCACCAAUGUCUUUUAACUAUGCAAUCUGCUUGGAAACAAAACUGGCUGUUUAUUUUGUGUGUGUGUACAGUUGCUUUAACUACUGAAGGGCUAGGUGGGUCAGGUUUUUUUAUACAUUUUAAUUUAUGCAUUUGCCGUAAUACCUUCUGUCCUUUUUAGCAAGAUGACAUCAUUAUUAGACUAAUAGUGAAAGGUCAUGAAUGUUACUAGGCUAAUAGGGAACACUGACCUAGUAGUACCAUUGUCUUAGGGAACCCUGCACAAAUUUCAUUUAGCUCAUUUUUGAACUAUGCAAAAUGUGCUAUUUAUAGUGAUAUAGCUGAAGAGCUGAGAGUGUGGGCGGUGGAACAGGCCAUUGAAUCUCCUUAUUACCAUUAUUAAUUCAGGAGGCUGCCUUUCUGGCUGUAUGAAUGUGCUGAAGAUCUCUGCUGUUUAUAACCACAAAAUGGCAUGUGUUUUAAACUGCCUCCUCCAACCGCAGAAUAUUGUGCCUCAGUGAUUCAUCUGUGUCUUUGUUUGGGCUGAAGUCCCAAGCGGCCAUUUGUUCUAUUGGAUUGCACUUUGCAUUAUUUAUUUUUGAUGGUUUCUUAUGUGGUAUUUAUAAAAUGGGAACAAUUAAGUUGCAUGUAGUUUGCACUUUUUGUUUGUUUGAGCUGUGGAAAAAAGAGUUUGCAAAUGCAAGGGUUUUUUCCCCUGCUGUAUUUUUGUAGUGGUCCAGCUGUCUGGCCUUUAUAAUCUUCUAUUCCCUGUAUUAUGGGCCUUUCAGGUAUACAUCCUGCCAUUUCAGAAUGGGAACAAGCAAAAUAAUGUCUGGCAGUCAUGUUGUCAGUUUCUACUUUUGAGGGGCCCGAUGAAAAGAGCAAUAUGUCACUAGAUCAUUUUAAAAAGCCCUCUACAACUUCCCCAGAAUUAUGGCUAAAGUCUGGAAAAAAACUUUGUGGCAAGAUCUUCUUUUUCAAGCAGAUAAGUGUAAAAAUAUUUUUUCCUGAGAGCUGAAGGGAACUUCCUAUAGUUCCUGCAUUAAAAUUUCUUCUUAAAGUU